UAAAUUUAAAGAUUAUUUUGUGGCCUCCCACAUAAUUUGCUAUGCUAAUUUGCUGAUUAUCCAAAACCAGAAUAACUGCAUCCAUCAGCACAAAAAACCCUAAAAUACUCUGCAAUUCUCAGCUUCCACCCCUUUCAAUCUCCCGUAUACCAGUGUCUGCAAAAAUAGAGUCAGAUCGGAAGAGGAAGAAGACGUCGAUCUCUUCAGUGGAUCGACCACCAGAUAAACACAAAAAAAAGUCCAAAAUGUCCUCAUCCUCUUCCCGCUCCGGUACUGGCGGAGAGAAAGUGAAGGCUUCUCACAUACUCAUUAAGCAUCAAGAUUCUCGUCGUAAAUCCUCUUGGAAGGAUCCAGAAGGCCGUGUUAUAUCUAACACAGCCAAAGAAGCGGCUGUCUCUCAGCUCAAAUCUCUUCGCGAAGACAUUGUUUCUGGAAAAGCUAAGUUUGAUGAUGUAGCCAAGAGUUAUUCUCACUGUAAUUCAGCUAAACACGGUGGUGAUUUGGGUGUCCUGAUGGGUACAAGCUCACCUGCAAAGUUUGUUACAGUAGAGGAUAAAACUGCGCCGAACAGUGACAGCUGUACUGGAUUCAUGAAGACCCAGGGACCUGGUACCUUGUUGUCAGUUAAUCAUCAUCAAAACAAGAUAUAGCACGGACUAAUAAGGAAAGUAAGGCAAACUAUUUGAAAUGGAGGGAGUACGAUUUUGCUAGUCAACCAUCAACUAUAAGAAAAAUUGGAGAAAUUUUAUAUUCUGAAUUACUCGUAUAUAGAUGAUAGAGUUACCAUGAGGAUUUUUCCAAGACUUCUUGUAUUUCCGUUAAGGGAAACUCAUAUAUUUGCUUAAGAUUUCAUGACCAAGUUGUAUCUGAGUUGAUACAUUCUUAGCAAUGUCUGUGGAAGAAAGUGAUGAUUCUUUAAUUUCAGUUACUCUUAAAGAAAGGUAAUAUAUGUGUGCUUGACUUGGUUGAUUUAGUUUCUUAAAUUGUCAUACAUACGUGAAAUCCCUACACGACUUGUUUUUUGGAAAAAGGAUUUGUCAUGAAAAAUGGCAAAAAGAAAAAAGAGAAUCUCUUUCUUUGAGCCUCUUGAGGACAUAUAAUUUGGACUUUAGAGACCUUCAGUCCCCUUGUUUAAUAUUGUUUUCUCUGUAGUUUAUACUUAGUUGAAGAGGGCAAACUUUGUCAAUAUCUUCUUUUCUUUUCUUGUCCUCCCAAGUGCCCCCUCCCAUUUUGUUUGCAUGCUUCCACAUAAGAACUAAUUCAAAUAACACGAAGAACUACACCUCCGUCCAGACUGGUUGGGAUAGGGUAAUAUGAAUCAGUGUUGCUCUACUUGGGCUAGUUUCAUUUCAAUACUCAGGUUGUCCUAUAAGACAAAUUAUGUGUCUCUGAAUCAAACUUAUCCUGCACUGGCAUACACAAAUCUCUUACCUAAAAGAAUGAAUUUCUGCCCAAAGGAAACACUGGCAUUACUGCUUCUAGCAGAUUGGUCUGAUCUAAAAUCCUCCUUAGGAAGUCUCGUAAUCUGAAUGUAGAUGGCCUUCUUCUAGGAACCAAAGGAACCAAUGAACUUAAAUGCAACUGUACCAUAGUAUGUCACUUUUUCUUAGCAUAGGCACUUUCUGUUUCAUAGAGCCUAUGGCGACUGAUUCCUACUGAAGGAUUGAUAUAUGAAAUGAAGACGAGGAACUGUGAACUGAUGGAUUCUGUUUGAAUCAUUGGAUAUUUAGGGCCUAAGUCUGGAUGUCUUGUCUCUUUAUCUGGCAUGCAAAAAGCGGUUCCAGUUGAUUUUUGUGUCAAUUCUACCCAUCUACCUUGUCUGAAUCUUUGGGAGCAGAAUAAUAAUCACACUCUGGCCAGUCUUUCUUCUGCUUCUUCAUAAACAUCUUCCAAUUUAGUUAGAAACUAACUAAAUGAUGAAGUGGGGAAGCCACACAAUCUAUAGAUAUACUCUGUUUCCCUUUCUGCACCCCCUCUUUUUUCAAUCAAGUAUGUUACCAUUGGUUGUUUCUGAUAAAAAUUGAUCUUAAAGGGAUGAGAUUUCCUGUCUUUUGUAGAUCAUCUAUUGCUUCAAAAAGUUCAGUAUGCUGUCUGCUAUGCAUUUGUUUUCGGUGUUCAAUGAUAAGCCAUGUGAAAUCUGGCGAUAAAGCUUUUUGACCUCAUUCUUAACGCUCCAUUUGGUUUUGAGCUGUCCCUCUCCAUGUGUUGAGCUAUAAAUUAUUAUUAAAUUAUUAUCUGUUUCAAUUCUUAAUUUUGGAUCAUGUCUUUAGACUCAUGCUUUUAGAUGUUUUCUAUUGCUUUUCUGAGAUUUUGUUUGAAUAAUGUGGCAAUUAAAAGAAAAAAUUUGCACAAAUUAUUUUUAUUUGAGUUUGUUAGAAAUAUGUUUAAAUACCGGGUGGAAAUGUCAUAAGAGGAUAAGGAGGUCAUUGUAAGUGCAAGAUAAUGCAAAGCAAUCUCUGUCAUAUGUUCUAUUUUAAGUGCAAGAUAAUGCAAAGGAUAACUGUCUUAAUCUUUGAAGGUUGUGAUUUUGUGACUAGAAAAUAGGUCUAUAUCUGUAGAACAUAAUACAAGAAUAAAAGAGGUAAUACUAAAUGGAAUUGAGGGAGUAUUAAUCUUAUCCCCAAGAGGAUUUAAAAUCAAGCAAUCAAGAUGAAAGAUGAGUGAUCGAUUGAAUAUGUUUCAAUUUUCAUAGCAAGCUGCUGCCAACUUCAUGAUCGCAGAGUUUUAUUUAAACUUUACUAGGUAUAUGUUUAUUCUGCAGUUUUAUUUUUGAUGCAAUAAGCCAAAAAAUUGUUAUGCUGUCUAGUUUUCUCGUUUCCUGGGGGACUGUACAUUAACUCUGAAUUGCUUCUAUUCCUUGUCUGACAGUUUAUAUAAUUUGGUGUCAUGAAAUUCUCUCUCUUUCUUCAUGCGCAAAUUUCCACUGCAAUUUCCUGGAUUUUCUAGCUGACUGAAAGCCUGAAACCAUGAAUUAUACCGUAAUUUUUGCACACUGCAUACUGCGUAGUAUGUUCAGGAAAACUUCCACAGUUUGUCAUAUUUGGACACGUUGGCAAUUAGAUGUUUUAACUAAAACUUGGUUCCUAUUGAAAAGUCCUGAUUUUGCAUGCACUUGAUUCUAGAAUAGUUUGCCCAAUAUAGCCAUUUCCUUUGAAAGAGAAGCAACAAACUGAGUUCAACAGCAGGGCUUAUAAUUUCUCCAUCAACAUCCUAUGACUUCCUUUCUGAUUGCACUUGCAAUUUAAAGUUCAAAAUCAUAAUGAAUGGACUGACCAAUUGGUAUCAAAAUCAUAAUGAAUGGACUGACCAAAUUGGAUUUCCUUCAAAUGCAUAAAUAGGUAAAGUUAACUUACUAAUUGUCUCAUUGUGGCCCUAAUCCUGAUUCCUUUCCUCUAAGUUGCUCGGACUUGGGUGCGGGUGUCUGACACGGAUGCAGAUCUAGCGGUCGGAUACUUCAUGAUCUUAAUUUUAAGAUUUGGGGAUAUGGAUCCAGGCAUGGAUACGAGUGCGGGAAUUCGGUUAAAACUAAUUUAAAUAUCUAAAAAUAGAGUUAUAAAACUUAAAUUAUGAGAUUUUAUGUGGAAAACUUGAGGAGAAAAUAUUGAUCAAAAGAUGAGAAUCAUGAAAGAAGAUGAAAGGAAAAACAGCAACAUAGAAAUUUCUAUAUACAAGGUAUUCCAUGUUUUUUCAAUUUCACCUGAGCUUUUGUGUUGAUUACAGAAAUCAUUGAAGUUGUCUGAACUGUCAAUUUUGGUCGAAGUACCCAAAAUCUGUUGACCAGAUCGGGUACGGAUCCCACACCCACACCCACACCCAUGUCGUGUCGACACGGGUGCGGCACAGAAAGUGAAGAGUCCGAGUAACUUAGCCUUUCCUGGCAGUUCCAUUUUAAUUCUUGUUGCAUGUUUGUUGGGUUAGUGAUCUGCUAAACAAAAAAGGCAUUUUUAAAUAAGUCAUUGUGACUAAAAGACCUCUGUGACACAUAAUUACAUUGCUAUUUAGGCAGAGGAAUUUCCCAGUGUUAUCAAAACCGAAAAGCGCAAAAAAGCUCUAAGAUCUGUUGGGGCUUUAAGCGCUAAAUGCGAAUAAAGCGUGGGCUUUAAUGAAAAAAAGCGCAAAGGGAGAACAAAAUACAAAUAUAUAUGUUUAGUCUUAGAUUAAUAAUUAUAAGCCUGAUUGACAAAAUAUGAUUAAAAAAAUUGAAAAAAUAUUACGAUAAAAUGAAAUAUCAGUUGUUUAGUGUCGUCUCUUCAGAAAAGGCUCAUUGGCAAGGAAAAAUAUGCCUUAGAAAAUUGAUGACACUGAAGCGCACAUUAAGCGAGGCGAAGCGCUCAACAUGUUUUUGCCCUCGCUUUAGGGCUUAAGCGCACCUUUAAUAACACUGAUUUCACAUUCAUUUAUCCUAUUAUGUCAAGAGAUUAAGGUCAAAUAAAAGUUCCUAUGGAGCGAUGAUAGAGAUGAGUGCUAAUGAAGAAACAUGUCCAUGACACCUAAUUUUUCUCGUUGAAGAAACGUGAGGCGGGAGAAUGAGGUAGUAGUGAAGCUGGAAGCACAGGAGGUAUGUAAGAGGGAUAAG